AUUUAUUUUUCUUCCUUUACCUUCUUUGUCUCUCAUUUUUCUUCAAUUGGUUGAUCUGCUUCUCCAACGUGCUUGUCUCGAUCUUUCCCUUUAAUGGGUCGAUGAAGAUCACCUUCAAUCACACCAAUUUCGAGUCUAGAGUGAGAAACUCAAAGAUUGAGACAUAAAGUUCUAAGCUUUUUGCUGAUUUCUGAGAUGGGUCUGUGUCUUUGACUGUUUUUUUUUUAAGCUAAGAGUGAUAGGGUUUGUUUAUGAGAGUUACUUCUUACUGGGUUUUGAAAAAAGGGGUGAUUUUGAUUUGCUUAUAGAUUUGAUAUGGGUGGGUGUUUUCCUUGUUUUGGAUCAUCCAACAAGGAGGACACUAGUGUUGUUAAAGAAGUUUCAAAAAAAGAGACUUUUAAAGAAUCUUCAAUUCCUCAAUCUCAUCACCCUACAAGGGUUAGUUCAGACAAAUCAAAAUCACGAAGUGUCUCAGAUUCUAAGAAGGAAACUCCGGUUCCAAAGGAUGGUCCGACGGCACAUAUUGCUGCUCAAACAUUUACAUUCCGAGAGCUUGCAGCUGCUACAAAGAAUUUUAGGCCAGAGUGCUUGUUAGGUGAAGGAGGUUUUGGUCGUGUUUACAAAGGUCGCCUUGAGAGCACAGGACAGGUAGUUGCUGUGAAACAGCUUGACCGAAAUGGACUUCAAGGAAAUCGAGAGUUUUUGGUGGAAGUUCUCAUGCUCAGCCUCUUACAUCACCCAAAUCUUGUGAACUUAAUUGGUUAUUGCGCUGACGGUGAUCAGAGGCUGCUCGUUUAUGAAUUCAUGCCAUUGGGAUCUUUGGAGGAUCAUUUACAUGAUCUUCCUCCUGACAAGGAGCCUCUAGACUGGAACACAAGGAUGAAAAUAGCAGCUGGUGCAGCAAAGGGAUUGGAAUAUUUGCAUGACAAGGCAAACCCCCCGGUGAUAUAUAGAGACUUAAAAUCAUCCAACAUCCUCCUAGACGAGGGUUAUCAUCCCAAGUUAUCAGAUUUUGGGCUGGCAAAACUCGGUCCAGUUGGUGACAAGACUCAUGUAUCCACGCGAGUAAUGGGAACAUAUGGCUACUGUGCCCCAGAAUAUGCUAUGACAGGUCAACUAACUCUGAAAUCAGACGUCUAUAGUUUUGGAGUUGUCUUCCUUGAACUCAUUACUGGACGCAAAGCUAUUGAUAAUACGCGUGGACAUGGAGAGCAUAAUCUCGUCGCAUGGGCACGGCCUCUUUUUAAAGACCGCAGGAAGUUCCCAAAAAUGGCCGAUCCUUUACUUCAAGGCCGAUAUCCAAUGCGGGGACUGUACCAAGCACUUGCAGUUGCAGCAAUGUGUUUGCAGGAACAAGCUGCAACAAGGCCUCUUAUUGGAGAUGUUGUGACUGCUCUCACAUAUCUGGCCUCUCAAACAUACGACCCUAAUGCAGCCAAUACGUCAAACAGGGUCGGUCCAUCAACCCCUAGGAUGAGGGAUGACAGAAGGAGCAUGACAGAUGGUGUGGAUAGCCCUGACCGCGGACGGGUCGGUUCCCCUUCUACCCGCAGAAACUCGCCAGACUUCCGGAAGAGAGACAGUAGGGAACCAAGUGAGUUGAGCAGGAGCGACACCGGUGGCGGUGGUUCGGGAAGAAAAUGGGGACCGGAUGAUUUGGAAAGGCAGGAAUCUCAGAGAGACAGCCCUGUAAGUACCGGAAGAGGUAGAGAGACUCCGAGGAACCGAGACCUGGAUAGAGAACGUGCGGUUGCGGAAGCAAGAGUAUGGGGUGAGAAUUGGAGAGAGAAGAAAAGAGCAAGUGCAAUGGGUAGCUUUGAUGCUACAAAUGAGUAAACAAAAACAUCAAUCACAUCACCAAAUUAGCUUGCUAUUCAUCUUCUCUAGUGAAAGUGAUGUAUGAUGAUUGAGUCACAUGAGAAUUUGUCUUGGUUUUCUCCCACAUCAUUUUCUAGUAGUUAGUCAUGUGAAGGAAACAGUCCAAAGUUUUAUGAAAACAAAAAAAAAACGGGUUGGGAAAAAAAGUUAAGUUAGCGUUGGAUUGGGGGUAUUAAAAUGUAAUCAUGCUACAAAAAUGUGAAUUCAACAUCUUUUGUCUAUGUAUUAAAGUUUUCUUCUAGGUUGAUGUUGCAUCAUAGAGCAUCAAAGGUGUCUAAUUUUUUGCCCUUGUUAUAAUGGGAGGAGUUUAGUGGAUUUGGUGUGGGUGUGAUUGGUGUCUCAAUCACAUGCUAUUAUCUCGUACAGUAUCUAUUAUAUUGUAUGUCUGAGUCUAUGAUUUUCGGCUUAUAUACAAAAAAAAAAAGAUUCACUAUGUCA